AUGACAGAGAGGUGUUCUCAGCAGGUGUACAAUCCAUGGUGGCCAUGCUCAGCCACCUCAGUGGAUUGCUGGGUGGCCUUCCUUCGAGCCCACUUUAGAGCAGAGGCGGUUACUGAUGUUACUGUUUAUCUCUUUUACUCAGAUUUGCUGCCAUCCAAGGAUGACAAGGAUUUAACACAAUAUUUUCUGCUACAAGUAGUAGAUAUUCUUCUGAAUUACAUCAAAAAAACAUUUGAUGCUAAGAGUAAAAUAUUGGAUUUUCAUCAUCCUCAUCAACUCCUCGAAGGUCUGGAUGGAUUUAACUUGAACCUGUCUGACCAUCCUGAAUCUCUGGAGCAGAUACUUGUUGAUUGUACAGAUACCUUGAAAUAUGGUGUUAAAACAGGACAUCCUCGCUACUUUAACCAGCUCUCAAGUGGACUUGAUAUGAUUGGACUUGCAGGGGAAUGGUUGACAGCCACUGCAAAUACCAACAUGUUUACCUAUGAAAUUGCCCCAGUAUUUACCUCAAUGGAAGCAAUUCUUCUUAAAAAAAUGUAUGAAAUUAUUGGCUGGGGAGAAGCAGAAGCAGAUGGAAUAUUUUCACCUGGUGGGAGUAUUUCAAAUCUCUAUGGUAUCCUAGUAGCCCGCUAUAAACUGUACCCAGAGAUAAAAACAAAAGGCAUGGCUGCACUCCCAUGCAUUGUGUUAUUUGUGUCUGAACAAGGUCAUUACUCAGUGAAAAAAGCUGCAGCAGUUCUUGGGAUUGGAGUCCAUCACGUAAUUGAAGUAAAAUGUGAUGAAAGGGGAAAGAUGAUUCCAGAUGAGUUAGAGAAAAAUGUAUUGCAAGCAAAAACAAAGGGCCAAGCUCCAUUCUGUGUCAUUGCCACAGCGGGAAGCACGGUGUUCGGUGCCUUUGACCCUCUGCAUGCUAUCGCUGAUGUUUGUGAGAAGCACAAACUCUGGAUGCACGUGGACGCCGCAUGGGGAGGUGGCCUGCUGCUCUCCAGAAAAUAUUCCUAUAAACUUAGUGGCAUUGAAAGGGCCAAUUCUGUGACCUGGAAUCCACACAAGCUCAUGGGAGUCCCUCUUCAGUGCUCUGCUAUCCUUAUCCGAGAGAAAGGUCUUCUGGAGGCGUGCAACCAGAUGCAAGCUGGAUAUCUUUUCCAACCAGACAAACUCUACAAUGUUGACUUUGACACUGGAGAUAAAAGCAUACAGUGCGGCCGACAUGUUGACAUCUUCAAACUGUGGUUAAUGUGGAAAGCAAAGGGAACCUGUGGCUUUGAGGAACAGAUCAACAGAUACAUGGAACUUGCAAAAUAUUUCUAUAAGGUUUUAAAGGAAAAAGACAAUUUUCAGCUUGUUUUUGAUGCAGAGCCUGAGUUUACCAAUGUCUGCUUCUGGUAUUUACCACCAAGACUUAAAUAUAUUACAAAAGGUUUGGAAAGAGAGCAAGAACUCCACAAAAUAGCCCCAAAGAUUAAAGCGCGGAUGACAGAGGAAGGCACUGCCAUGAUAAGCUACCAGCCAUGUGGAGAUAAAGUGAAUUUUUUCCGGAUGAUCUUUUCUAACCCCGCCACGAGACAAACAGAUGUUGACUAUCUUAUUGAUGAAAUGGAAAGGAUUGGGAAGGACUUAUGA